CUCUCAUCUCUGAACUCUUUGAUCACACCAUCAUCUUUCCCACCCAUGGCUACCGCUGCCGUCUCCUCUCUUCUCCCCCUCCACUCUUCUCGAAGAACACCUCCAAUCGCCGGCGCUCUCCCUUCCUCUCUUGCCCGCCGCUCUUUUUCCCUCCUCCCAAUCUCCUCUCCCUUCCUCUCUUCCCCAUUCACCUCACCCUCAUUCUAUCCCACCUCCAAACGCUUCUCUUCCCCUUCUUCCAACUUUUAUGUGAAAGCCGUGGCCCAGGAGGAGAAGAAGAAGGUCCUCGUUGUCAACACCAACAGCGGCGGCCAUGCCGUCAUCGGCUUCUACUUCGCCCGCCAGCUCCUCGGCUCGGGCCAUGAGGUCACCGUGCUCACCGUCGGCGAGGAGAGUUCCGAUAAGAUGAAGAAGCCCCCAUUCACCAGAUUCUCGGAGUUGGUGAGUGCCGGCGGCCGGACGGUCUGGGGAGAUCCAGCAGAAGUAGGGAAAAUUGUCGGCACGGCCACGUUUGAUGUGGUGUUGGACAAUAAUGGCAAGGAUUUGGAUGCGGUGAAACCUGUGGCAGACUGGGCCAAAUCAGCUGGUGUCAAACAAUUUCUGUACAUCAGCAGUGCUGGGAUAUACAAGACUGGUGAUGAGGUUCCUCAUGUUGAAGGGGACCCCGUCAAAGAUGAUGCUAGUCAUGUAUUCGUGGAGAAAUACAUUGCAGAUCUAUCCUUUAGUAGCUGGGCAAUAUUUCGUCCACAGUAUAUGACUGGAUCUGGAAAUAACAAGGACUGUGAGGAAUGGUUCUUUGAUCGAAUUGUUCGCAAUAGACCAGUUCCAAUCCCUGGAUCAGGCAUGCAACUGACUAACAUUGCCCAUGUGAGGGACUUAUCCAGCAUGCUGUCUCUUGCUGUUGAGAAACCCCUUGCUGCAAAUGGCAAAAUAUUUAAUUGUGUGAGCGAUCGUGCUGUGACUUUGGAUGGAAUGGCCAAACUCUGUGCUAAAGCGGCAGGACGGGAACUCAAAACUGUACACUAUGAUCCAAAGGCUCUCGGAAUUGAUUCGAGGAAGGCAUUUCCUUUUCGUAUUAUGCACUUCUAUGCAGAACCAAGAGCUGCAAAAGAGAUAUUGGGAUGGACUAGCACCACCAACCUUCCAGAAGAUUUGAAGGAACGAUUUGAUGAGUAUGUUAGUAUUGGUAGAGAUAAGAAGCAGAUGCAAUUCGAUAUUGAUGACAAGAUACUGGAGUCUCUUAAAGCUAUGGUCACUGUAUAACAACCAUAUUAACAUGAAAUGGUUCAGAAGGUGUGAGGUGGCUUAAGGUGUUUCUUAACUGUAUCAGUAGUUUGUGUCAACCAAUUUCUGCCAUUAUCAAUGGAUGACCUAUCAGUCUGACAUGACAAUAAAAUUUUAAGACCUUUGCUUCUACAAGGUUA